CUGAUAUCAGUGACACUGUUAAUAACACAAAAGUUUACAAAAUUUUAUAAAUCAUCGUUUUCAGUUUACGAACAAUUCGUCGCGACGCGAUCGGUGGUCAAUUGGACUCAAACCGGGUGAAUCCAGUGCACGGAUCUUAGUGAUUUUGUGAGUGGAAGUGAAAAUUAUUGCCAAUCUGGCGGCGUACCUUGAAGGAGGUUCCGCAAUUGCCCCUGUGGGGACUCUCACGUUAAGGGCCGGAUUGGCCCAUGUGCCUAUCGGGCCCAAUUCCGGCUAUUUACAUUCAACACACAAUAUAGGUAGGUGUGAGCCAGCCGCAGGGAUGCUAAUAGCCUGCGCCGGCUGCGAAAAGCCUAUCCUCGACAAGUUUCUCCUGAACGUUCUGGAGAGAACCUGGCACGCUGAAUGCGUGCGAUGUUUUGACUGCCACGCACCAUUGACUGAUAAAUGCUUCUCCAGGGAAAGCAAACUAUUUUGUAGGAGUGACUUCUUUAGGAGAUACGGUACUAAAUGUGGUGGUUGUGGUCAAGGAAUAUCGCCGAGUGACUUAGUGCGAAAAGCGAGAGACAAAGUGUUCCAUUUGAAUUGUUUCACCUGCCUGGUGUGCAGGAAACAACUUUCGACAGGAGAAGAACUUUACGUAUUAGACGAUAACAAAUUCAUCUGCAAAGAAGACUAUCUGAGCGGUAAUAAGACAGCUGUGAUUAGUUCGCAUCAUCAAGAAUCUCUGAUGGGUUCAGCGUCGGAAGACGAAGAAGAUGACGACGCAAGUACCGCAUCGUCGGUUCUUAAACAUCAUACCAUACAUAGUUCACUUCCUGCCGCUCCUGGAGAAACUAAUAACAAUUCAAUUACCUCCGAUAUUGCGAGUUCAAUAGGACAGGAUUCAAAAACGGGUCAAGACGACUCUGAAGACCAAAAUUCCCUGGACGGAGAUCCAGAAACGCGAGAUUCACAAACUGAAAAUAAAAGUCCUGACGAUAGUAGCGCGGGGUCGAAACGACGUGGACCAAGAACAACGAUAAAGGCGAAACAACUAGAAAUACUAAAGACAGCAUUCUCACAAACGCCGAAACCCACAAGGCAUAUACGAGAACAACUGGCAAAAGAGACGGGUUUACCUAUGCGAGUGAUUCAAGUGUGGUUUCAAAAUAAACGAUCGAAAGAAAGACGUCUCAAACAAUUGACAUCAAUGGGUCGAGGGCCAUUUUUUGGAGGAUCGAGAAAAAUGCGUGGCUUCCCCAUGAAUCUAUCGCCCGGUGGGCUUGAAGAUGGUCCUCCAGGUUUCCCUUACUUCGCCGAUGGCAAAUUUGAAUUCGGGUAUGGUGGACCACCUUUCCAUCCGCACGAUGGUCCCUUUUUUGCUGGACACCAUCCUGGAAGCGGGCCCGGUGGCCCGGGCAUGCCAUUUGGCCAAGGCGGUGGACCAAUGGACCACGGCGGACCAAUUCCAAUGGGUGCUGGAGAUUUCGGCGGAAUACCCAACGAACAGGGCCAGUUUAUACCUCAACAAGGCCCUGGACCAGAUAUGAUGCAGGGUAAUAGUGGAGGAGGCAGGGGAGGAAGUCCGGAAUUUAUGUCGCCCGGUAACUUUUCCGAUAACCCUCAACAACUAAAUGAAGGGCUAGUCUGGUAGCUGGCAAAAGCUCUGGCCAAGAGAGCCAGAGAAUAAUAAUAGCUUUUUUGUAAAUAGUUAUUUCUUAAGUGUACAUUAUUAAAAUUUAAUUUAAAUGGAUUAUAUUUUUUGCUAAAAAAUUAAAUGGCUAUUUUGCUUAGGAUACUUCAAGAAACUAAUUAAAAUCGCUUGUUGCAGAUCGUUCAAUAUUAAAAUAAAUAUUUUUAAAUCGACAUUAAAUGCAAAAACGGAUGAAAUGCACCUAACUAGGUAAAACAAAGUAGCCACUUAAAAUAUGCAAAAUAAUAUAUUUUAUUUAUUUUUAUUCCCUCCAUGUUAUUUCUAUGUUUCUGAACGCUGAACGUCCUACAAAUUAUUUCUAUAUUUAAAAAAAUUACAUUUUAAAAUAUUGAUGUGAGAUUCGUCUUGCCAUAAUUUGGUUUUGAAUUAAUUUUUUUACUUCUUUACAGGCCAACUCAUUUUUCC